AUGUUAAUACGAAACAUAUUCGUAUUUUUAACAUUUAUUUGUUUAACAAGUAGUUAUCCAAAAUAUCGAUCCGUGGUAAAUACUAAUAAUAUUCAAGAUCCUGAAGAAAUAGGUGGAGACUUUGAAGGUGAUAUUUUAUUAACAUCUAUGACAAUCUCUCGAGGUAUAGGUAAACGAAAUACAUCUGCUCGUUGGCCAAAUGGUAUUGUUCCAUAUGAAAUUUCAUCAGAAUAUGGUAAGACUAUAUUUUUCAAAAAAAGAAUACUUACUAUCAGAUUACUUUUUGCAAUAAAACAAGAUGCAUAUGAUCGUGCUAAGAUUAUAUCAGCAAUGCGUCGUUUGGAAAGAAUUGUUUCAUUAGAUCCAACUUCUGCUUCAUAUUGUAUUCGAUUUCGACCUAAAACUGCUGAUGAUAAAUAUUUUAUAUCAAUCAAAAAUGGUAGUGGAUGUAGUUCAUAUGUAAGUGGUCAAAAAGUUACAUUACAGAUGAAAUCAUAUUGUGUUGAUCGUGAAGCAACUGUCAUGCAUGAAUUUAUACAUGCUCUUGGUUUUUGGCAUGAGCAAUCACGUCCAGAUCGAGAUAAUUAUGUAACUAUUGAUUUUAAUAAUGUACAACCAGGCAAAGAACAUAAUUUUAAUAAAUAUUCAUUUGAAAUAACUGAUACAUUAAAUCUUCCAUAUGAUUAUAAUUCGGUGAUGCAUUAUUCAAAAACUGCUUUUUCAAUAAAUGGACUACCAACUAUUAUUACAAAAGAUCCAAGUGUAUGGAUAGGGCAAAGAAAUUCAUUAAGUGCAACGGAUAUAGAAGAAAUUCGAAAAUAUUAUAAUUGUAUUUAA